GGGGCGGGGUCAGGGUCUCACACCUACCAGUGGAUGUAUGGCUGCGACAUGGGACCCGACGGGCGCCUCCUCCGCGGGUUCAGUCAAGACGCCUAUGACGGCGUCGACUACAUCUCCCUGAACGAGGACCUGACCUCCUGGACCGCAGCCGACAUGGUGGCUCAGAUCACGAAGCGCAAGUUGGAGGCUGCUGGUGAGGCAGAGCGUUAUAGGAGCUACCUGGAGGGGGAGUGCAUGGAGUGGCUCCGCCUUUACCUGGAAAAAGGGAAGGAGACCCUGCAGCGCGCAGGUACCAGGGGCCCUGGGGCCGCCCCCUCUCCCCGGGGCUGAGGCUCCUACAAGGAGACAGGACAGGGGGUCAGUGUCAGACACCCCUCCUUGGGUCAGGGGGGGAGCCCCCUGGAUGUCAGUUCAAGUACCAGAGGGACGCCCCCUCCUCUCAGGGACAGUUAGGGGUGCAGGCUCUCCUGGGGUGCAGGGAGACCCCCCUGAAAUAGCCCAUCAGCGCUUCCCAUGGGCCCUGCUAGGGCUCUGGGGUCCACGGGGACCUUCUCUCUCAGGCCUUGUGCGCUGCCCACACCCACUGUGUCUGAGGCCUCACCCAAGCUUUUGAGUCAUGUG